AUGUAUGCAUGUACAUCUGCUUUCCUUUCACAAGAGAUAUUAGAUCAGGUUGAAGAAAAUCCAGAUAUCCCAGUGAGAGCAGUUCAAGAGCAGUUUCAAAGAAAAUACGAACUUGGGAUUUCAAGAUUGAAGGCAUACAGAGGUAAGGUCAUAGCUAAAAAACAUGUUGAAGGGGAUUACAAAGAACAGUAUGCUUUGCUUAGGGAUUAUGCUAAUGAGUUGCUAGAUAAGAAUCUAGGUAGCACUGUUAAGAUAGAGGUGGAAAAUGGUGAUCCAAGUAGCCCAAGCAGACAGUUUAAAAGGAUGUAUGUGUGUUUGGCAGCAUUAAAACAGGGUUUCAAGGCACUGGGGAGAGAUUUCUUAGGCUUAGAUGGUGCAUUUAUGAAAGCCCCAUUCCCUGGGCAGAUCCUAACUGCAGUUGGCGUUGACUGCAACAAUGGACUAUACCCUGUUUGUUAUGCAAUUGUGGAGUCUGAAAGCCUUAGCUCAUGGACCUGGUUUCUAGAACUAUUGGGUGAUGACCUUGGUCUUCAAAGAAACUCAAACUUUACCUUCAUCAGUGACAGGCAAAAGGGGAUUCUUCCUGCUAUCACAAAGCUGUUUCCAUGUGCUGAGCACAGAUACUGUCUCAGGCACAUUCAUGAAAAUAUGAAGUUGCAGUUUAAAGGGAAGUUGUACAAAGACAAAUUAUGGAACUGUGCAACAGCCACUACUAUUCCAGAAUUUACAACUGCAAUGAAUGAGUUAAAGGCAUUCAACAAGAAAGCCCAUCUAUGGUUGUCCAAGAUCCCACCAUUACAUUGGUGUAGAGCAUAUUUCUCAGGAAGGGCAGUUUCUGAUAUGCUACUUAACAAUAUGUGUGAGGUGUACAAUGGAAAAAUAGUAGAAGGAAGGGACAGGCCCAUCAUAUCUGCCUUAGAGUACAUAAGAGAGUAUUUAAUGACAAGAAUUGUGACUGUUCUGAAUGUGAUAGAGAAAUGUGAAGGCUUGUUGACACCUUUGGCCACUGAGCAGUUUGACACAAUCAAGAAGGAAGCACCACACUAUCAUGUGCAGUGGAAUGGAGGGGAAUAUUAUGAGGUUAGUGGUGAACCCAACAGUGCACGUGUGGUGAACUUAGAUAAGAGGACAUGUAGCUGCAGGAAGUGGGAAAUAACAGGUAUGCCCUGCAGACAUGCUGUGGCUGCAUUAUGGUUGAGGGCUGCUAAUGGUGGAAGGGUGGGGGCUUUGGAGAGCUGUGUACAUCCUGUCUACACAAUGGAUAGGUGGAGGCUAGUUUAUUCACACAAGGUAAACCCACUCAAUGGAAGAACUUUAUGGGUAAAAACAUUGUUUCCUGUGACCAUUACCCCACCCAAACACCACACCCAAGUUGGUAGACCAAAAAAGGCAAGAAAAAGGUCAGCGGUGGAAAUGGAGGACAUGGCUCUUACUGGCAAGCUUUCAAGGAAGAACACGAAAGGAAAGUGUACCAAAUGUGGGGAGAAGGGCCAUAAUAUCAGAACAUGCAAGGGAAAGAAGAAUGCAGGGGGUGCAACAACUUAG